CGCCCCCUUCCCCUAGGCCCCGCCCCCAGCCGCAGUGCCCUGCCCCUUCCAUCAGUCUCCAGCCUCCUCCACGGCCCCGCCCCCUCAGACCGGUCUGUCUCCCCUCCCACCUCACACCUCCGCCCCGCCCGUCAGCCCUGGCUCCGCCCAGCCACGGGGCUUGCCGCCACAGGCCCCGCCUCCAGCUCGCGGCCCCGCGCGCCGGAUCGGCGUGCGUGCGGCUAGAGCCUCAAGCGUUUCCUCCGCCCGGCUUCAUCGCUGCCCGGGACCCAGCGUCGCUCUCCUGCGCGAGGCGGCCAAGGCCUGCUGGCCAGGAGCCGCCCCUCCACUCGCGCGAGGUAUCGUCCUUGGAGAAGAUGGAAGCGGAGAGGCGGCCGGCGCCGGGCUCGCCCUCCGAGGGCCUGUUUGCGGACGGGCACCUGAUCUUGUGGACGCUGUGCUCGGUCCUGCUGCCGGUGUUCAUCACCUUCUGGUGUAGCCUUCAGCGGUCGCGCCGGCAGCUGCACCGCAGGGACAUCUUCCGCAAGAGCAAGCACGGGUGGCGCGACACGGACCUGUUCAGCCAGCCUACCUACUGCUGCGUGUGCGCGCAGCACAUUCUGCAGGGCGCCUUCUGCGACUGCUGCGGGCUCCGCGUGGACGAGGGCUGCGUCAGGAAGGCCGACAAGCGCUUCCAGUGCAAGGAGAUUAUGCUCAAGAAUGACACCAAGGUCCUGGACGCCAUGCCCCACCACUGGAUCCGGGGCAACGUGCCCCUGUGCAGUUACUGUAUGGUUUGCAAGCAGCAGUGUGGCUGUCAACCCAAGCUUUGCGAUUACAGGUGCAUUUGGUGCCAGAAAACAGUACAUGAUGAGUGUAUGAAAAAUAGUUUAAAGAAUGAAAAAUGUGAUUUUGGAGAAUUCAAAAACCUAAUCAUUCCACCAAGUUAUUUAACCUCCAUUAAUCAGAUGCGUAAAGACAAAAAAACAGAUUAUGAAGUGCUAGCCUCUAAGCUUGGAAAGCAAUGGACCCCAUUAAUAAUCCUGGCCAACUCUCGUAGUGGAACUAAUAUGGGAGAAGGACUGUUGGGAGAAUUUAGGAUCUUGUUGAAUCCAGUCCAGGUUUUUGAUGUAACUAAAACUCCUCCUAUCAAAGCCCUACAACUCUGUACUCUUCUUCCAUAUUAUUCAGCUCGAGUACUUGUUUGUGGAGGGGAUGGGACUGUAGGGUGGGUCCUGGAUGCAGUUGAUGACAUGAAGAUUAAGGGACAAGAAAAGUACAUUCCACAAGUUGCAGUUUUGCCUCUGGGAACAGGCAACGAUCUAUCCAAUACAUUGGGUUGGGGUACAGGUUAUGCUGGAGAAAUUCCAGUUGCACAGGUUUUGCGAAAUGUAAUGGAAGCAGAUGGAAUUAAACUGGAUCGAUGGAAAGUUCAAGUAACAAAUAAAGGAUACUACAACUUAAGAAAACCCAAGGAAUUCACAAUGAACAACUAUUUUUCUGUUGGACCUGAUGCUCUCAUGGCUCUCAAUUUUCAUGCUCAUCGUGAGAAGGCACCAUCUCUGUUUUCUAGCAGAAUUCUUAAUAAGGCGGUUUACUUAUUCUAUGGAACCAAAGAUUGUUUAGUGCAGGAAUGUAAAGAUUUGAAUAAAAAAGUUGAGCUAGAACUGGAUGGUGAGCGAGUAGCACUGCCCAGCUUGGAAGGUAUUAUAGUUCUGAACAUCGGAUACUGGGGCGGUGGCUGCAGACUAUGGGAAGGGAUGGGGGACGAGACUUACCCUCUAGCCAGGCAUGACGAUGGUCUACUGGAAGUCGUUGGAGUAUAUGGGUCUUUCCACUGUGCUCAGAUUCAAGUAAAACUGGCUAAUCCGUUUCGAAUAGGACAGGCACAUACAGUGAGGCUGAUUUUGAAGUGCUCCAUGAUGCCAAUGCAGGUGGAUGGGGAGCCUUGGGCCCAAGGGCCCUGCACUGUCACCAUAACUCACAAGACACAUGCAAUGAUGUUAUAUUUCUCUGGAGAACAAACAGAUGAUGACAUCUCUAGUACUUCGGAUCAAGAAGAUAUAAAGGAGACUGAAUAGAUGGAUGAGGGAGUGAAAACUUUGCAUAGAAUCCUCACGCAAGUAGAUACAUGUUCAUCCAAAAGUAUUAAUAGAAAUUCUCUAUCAGCUAUUCAGUCUUAAUUUCACUAGUAGUAUAAUGGGUAUACUUUUUUGUAAAUAGCAUCCCCAAACCUGCCAGCCUUCAGUUAUUUACAAAUGUUUGUUCUUUUUUCAGCAAAAUACUUCAAAUGAAUAGUAUUAACUUACGAAAAGUCACAAAAACUUACAUGAGAGUGAAAAUUUGUUAUGACUGUUUUGAGAGUGGGACUCACUCUGAAGUAUGUGCUGUCUCAUUUCUUAUUUUUGAACCAUGCAUAUGACGGACACACAAUGGAUGGACACAUUGUAUCUCCAACAAGGUGUGGGUGGAAAGACCAAAUUAACCUGCUUUUUUGAAAGGAAAUGAUUACUGUCAAACCAGCAUGGUUAAUUGUGGGCAUCCUCCUGCAGCAUGCCUCUUAAGAUUUUCUACAGCCCAAACCAAGUGUAUAUUUUAGGAACUUAUUCAGACACGUAAAUGUUGUUUAAUUCUGUAGGUAACCAUUUGAGCUGAAAUUCAGGAUCUUUUUUAUAACACCAGUGUAGCCAAAAGAGAAACAGAUAAUUGAAUUGGUAAGAAAUAAGAUUCAGAGCACUUGGGAUUGUAAGUUAUAGGUUCUGAGCUGAACAGUUUAUCAGCCACUCUUUUUAUUAAAAGACAGUGUCAACAUUUCAAAAAAUGUGCUUAAAUGGUGAGAUUAAUUGCUUAGGAAAAGCUCAAGGCUGACUGAUAAGUUUUAAAAAUUUGGUGGUCUUGUAGUAUUUUGAAAUACAGUAGUCUUUUAACAGAAUUUCCCCUUAGAGAGGUAAGUGGACAGAAAUCUUUGCUAAAAUGUUUAUAUCAUAUUUAUUUUAAAAUGAGAGAGAUAUAUUUUUAAAUUAUUUAUUAUUUACCUUGUGGUAUGGUACCUGUGUUUAGUGUUUACGUUCUGUAGCUUUAUUUAUUAAGUUAAAUUGAUCACAUAAAUUCUGCUAGUCACAAUCAGAUAGAAAUUUAGUCUAUUAAUUAAAAUUCUAAUUUAAUUCUCCUGACAGAAAUCUAGAUAUUCUUAUUCUUCACAAAUCUUCCUCAUUGUAUUGAAAAAUGAAGGAGGGCAUGGAAAGCACUAGGGAAUUACUUUUGGAUAACUGAAAGCUUUGUUUCAUUGUUUUAUUUGCCCCUCAAUUGCCACAAACUUACUGAAGGGCUAGUUUCAUGGUUCCCAUUAAAGGGUACUUGUUCGCUGCUGUUGACCAGCCCAAGAGUCAUGACCCACAGGUAGGCUGACCCAGUGGGCAUCCAGCCUGGUGUUUUUCUGACACAUGGCCCAUUUGUAGGCUUUGUGGUCUUUAAUGACAUUAAUCUCUGAAAGAUCAGAAUGUAUCCCCCAAAAUACCAUUAGCUGUCUUUGAGGGUCUGUUAUGAAUCUGUCAUCCGUGAAUUGCCAUAAACCUAAGUUUGCCUCACCUAAGGCCCAGACCAUGUUUUCAAAGAGCAACUUUGUAAUGUAUACAGUAGUCAGUACAUUUUAUGAAAUACUUUAUUUUGCUAAAUUAACCUCUUCCAGAUCUCCUCGGGUGAUCUUAAAUUCUAGUCUUGAGAAACUUUGUGAGCAGAUCUGUUUUCAGCUUAUUUAUAUACUUUUCAUGGUAGGUAACCAUGGCAUUGAGGAUGGCAGAGUUUUGUUGUUGUUUUUUUUUUAAUGGGCCAAUCAUGUUCUGAGUAUUAUGAAGUUUAUCCUUUCAUUCAUGAUCAAAAUUGUUAAAGACAUCACAUUUUGUAAAUACACUGUUAAAUCCACUUUGCUGUAGGUUGUAGUUUACCUGUUAUAUAAUUCGUAGUGCUAAUUGUAGUAGAAGCAAAUCAGUUUAGGAUGUUGGAAUUAAAAUAAUCACAAUAACUAAUACAGUUUUUUAAUUGUGAAAACUACAAUUAAAAAUUAUAGUUUUAAUACCAACCAUAAUAUUACAUUAUAUUUGGAACAGGCUUAUGUAAAAUGCCCUCAUUUAUCUAAAUAAGUUGAUUUUUUGGUUAUCGUAAUCUAGUAAGGUUUUUGCAUCACUACUGAUCUGUCAUGAAGUUUUUCUGCUGGCUUAUUCACUUAUUUAGACUUCAUUUAGGGAAGCUAUUUCAGAAUACCAUAUCAUAAAACGUAUCAUUAUCUUGUUUUUGCAAAAUUCACUUACUUUUUUGGGCACAUUUACCCAGCAUUUCAAAUAAGUGUAUAGGCAUGUGCCUUGUUUAAAUAAGUACAAUUUAUAAGACUUCAUGUUUGCAAGUUACAUAUUAGGGUAGUGAUUGUUUAUAUUACCAGGGAUUCUACACUUUACCAAAAAAAUUGCCGUAAGAUUUUCCUGUUCCAUUUUAAAUUGUCUUGAUAUUUAAAAAAAUAACUUCUACAUUCUCAGGAAGAAAUACAUGAAGGAAAUCAUAUCUCCAUGUCUGUUUCCAGAUUUCUCUCAUCUUUUUACUAUCCCAAUACAUUCCUAAUUCCUAUAAACGUAGUGGCUUAAAUACUGAAUACCUGGCAGCUCUUAAAGAUCUCGUCGGCAGGUGAUGAUGAUUUUCAGUGUUUUCUCAUGUUUAAUAGAAAUCAGACUGACUUGUGUUUUAAAAUACAAGUUGUCUACUAGUAAAGUUACAUGAUUUAAGUGUGUUUUAGGUUUUCUGCAACAAUUAGCUGUGAACCCCUAAUGUAGCUAAUGUUUAUACAAAUUUUAUAAUCAAAAUUAUUGAUUUUUAUUUUUUUAGAGUAUGUCAAAAACAUAUAGUGUUUGCUUUGUGAAAUACAUUUGCUUAGAGUUAUAAAGUAUACUGUGACUCAGAAAUUGUAAAGUCAAUUUGCGUUGUAAAAAUGAAUACUACCGGCAUGUCAAAAGAAAAAUAAUUUGCAUUUGUAAUAUAAAGUAAAAUUGUAUUUAAUAUAUUUAUUGAAUUUUAAAUUUGCACUAACUUGAAAACUUUAAAGGUUAUACUAAUUUAAAGAUUAAUAUGGACCCAAAUACAUAAUUUGGCCAAAAAAGUCAUUAGAAUGGGUAAUGGCUUUGUGUGGUUUUCCUUCAAAAUGAUAAUAUUGAAGCAAGAACCAGUGUUUUAUAUUGAUAAUGUUUUUUACUAUUUCUACCCAGUUGAGGACAGUGGAAUAUAAGUAGAUAUAUUUAAAAUAUCUAGAUAUUUAAAAAGAAAGAAAAGGUUGUUUAUCCCAAUCUGAAUUCAUUCUCAGCAACAAGACAGAAAAGGGUUUGGGUUUUGCUUUUAAACCGUAUCCCCCUGUCUUUUUCAGUUUUUCCCUUGAAGCCUUUCUCUUGUUCCUCAGAGUACGCGCUGCAGGCUAUCUGCAGCAUCAGAAUGCCUGGGCAGGCUGUUGAAAGUAUGGAUUCCUGAGCCCAACCCUUAACUUAAUGAUUCCCUGUCUCUGGAGAUGCAACAUAGAAAUCUCUGUUUUUAUUAACAAGUGCCUCAGGCGAUUCUUAAGCAUACUGAAAUUUGAAAGCUUCUGGUCUGAACCUCAUGUAUUCACCUAGGGCUUUUGCUAGGUGGGAUACCAUGCCGAAAAAUUGAAUUAAUUGUAUGUUCUUAAAAUUGUUUUUCUUCUACUCCACUGUCCUCUUCCCUCAAAAUCACUUUUCUAAAAGAACUCUAUGAAAAACUUAUUUGUAUCAUACCCAAAUAGAUAUAUUUGUCUGAACUCCGUUACAUAAAAAUUGAUAUGAUUCAUAUGUGGAAUCAGUUUUUGGACUGUGACCCAUGCAGUGUUGGGGGACAAGGAGUUGCUUCAGGAGUUAGUGCAGUGCGCCUCCAAGGGGCAGUGAGCCAUGGAGGCUCCUGCCUUCUCACUGCAAUCAAUGCAGCCACACUUGUGUAUACUGAGUGCUGCUUCAGAUCUCAGUAGAUAAAAUAAUUCCACAUUUAAAAUGAUUCUGCUAUUUUUUAUAAAGAGUUUGAAAGCCAAUACUAUAAUGACUUUCUCACCUAAUUGAUUUUCUACUAAUUUUUACAUAUUCAGAAACUUCAUGUUUUUUUGGUGGACAGAAUAUUUUGGAGGUCUCCAUCGCUGCUUAGAAUGUGGCCACUUGGCUGUUUCACAGUUUUUAAAGCUAUUUUAUUGAAUAGUAAAGCAGUGAACUUAGCCUUUGUUCUUUGUGUUUCUAAUUUAAGUAUAUAGUCUAUUUAAUUUUAGAUAUGUAAAUACACAUCAAUACAUAUAUAUUUACCCAUGUUGCCCUGUGUAGUCAGUGCAUGAGGCUUGCAUAGCCCAAAAAGGUACAUUCCAGGGUUCUGGGGAAAGAAUUUUAAAAUGCCAUCCUCUAAUACAGACGUUUAUAAAACUUAAAUGAAAUGAUUGAGCUUAACCAUCUGCAAGAAUGUCUGCAGAAAAUAAAUCACCUAGAAACUAUAAAUAGAAAUGUCCUGCUGAGGCUGGGCACCUGUAAUCCCAGCACUUGUGGGGGCUAAAGCAGGCGUAUCACCUGAGGUCAGGAGUUUGAGACAAGCCUGGUCAACAUGGUAAAAUGCCGUCUCUACUAAAAAUACAAAAAAAAUUAGCCAGGCACAGUGGCACAUGCCUUUAAUCCCAGCUAAUCAGGAGGCUGAGGCAGGAGAAUUGCUUGAACCCAGGCGACAGAGCUUGCAGUGAGCCGAGAUCACACCACUCUGCACUCCAGCCUGGGCAACAGAGCAAGACCAUCUCAAAAAAAAAAAAAGGCGGGUCACGCCUGUAAUCCCAGCACUUUGGGAGGCUGAGGCAGGCGGAUCACGAGGUCAGGAGACUGAGACUAUCCUGGCUAACACGGUGACACCCCGUCUCUACUAAAAAUCCAAAAAUUUAGCCAGGCGUGGUGGCGGGCGCCUGUAGUCCCAGCUACUUGGGAGGCUGAGGCAGGAGAAUGGUGUGAACCCGGGAGGCGGAGCUUGCAGCAAGCCGAGAUAGCGCCAUUGCAGUCCGGCCUGGGCCAAAGAGUGAGACUCCGUCUCAAAAAAAAAAAAAAAAAUGUGUUGCUGGUAUCAGAUACCAGACCAAGAACACUUCAGUCUGUCUAAGGAUGCCCUGAGCUACCUCACUGUUAAAGGACGACAUCAACACAGAAUGCACUAAACAGGAAAUAAGCUGUAAUCUAGAGAAUUUCCAUUAUGUGUUACUUUUUGGUGACUAACAUGGAAUGUUGAAAAGGAAGAGCUGGAAAGCUCAGUUGUUUUCCUUGUUCCUCUGACAUUGUCCAGGCAAGAGGGCAUCCUGAUCAGAUGAGUAGAUUUGGCUGAGAAAAACGCUAGAGUAAGGCAGGCACUUUGUGGAGUUGGAUGAUGAUGGCUCAUAAAAACGUUUGUUCUCAAUCCAGUUCAGGGCUCUGCCAGCAGUCUUUCAGAUUUGAACUGCUUAAACAAACCCUACAGAUAAAUUGGCACUCUGAUUUGUAAUUCUGUUUGUACAAGUUUAGAGCAGCCUAGCUCGAGUCCUCAACCCCAGUCCUCUUAGAAGUGAACUGAUUGCACUGGAUCCCUAAACCCACAAUGUUGGGGACACAUGUGAUGACUCCACUUGCGCAGCCAACUGGCCUCUUGCACUUUCCCCUCCCCACCACUUGUAACUACCACUUAAAUACCCUGUGUUAAUUGCUUUUGUUGUGUUGGGUCUGUAUUUUUGUGGUCAGUGCCUGCAGGCAGAAAUGUGAAAGCAUUUGGUAUGUUGAAGAUACUUGCUUGUUUUUUAAUAAAAUUAAAAGUGCAGCA